AUGACGAUGGCGAUGGCGAGAAUAAGUUCUGGUUUGCAAUAUCCAGAACGGUUCUACGCUGCGGCAUCUUACGUCGGUUUUGAUGGAUCCACUUCUCCAACAAAAUCUCUCACCUCCAAGUUCCCCAAGUCCACCGCGCUUCUUCUCUACAGCUUAUACCAACAGGCUAGUGUGGGACCUUGUAACAUUCCAGAACCCAGUUCAUGGAAAAUUGUGGAGCACAGCAAAUGGGCCAGUUGGAACCAGCUUGGAAACAUGUCUUCCACAGAAGCCAUGCGUCUAUUUGUAAAAAUAUUGGAGGAAGAAGAUCCCGGUUGGUAUUCAAGAGUAUCUAACUCUGUUGCAGAGCCUGUAAUAGACGUUCAAAUGAAUUAUAAUUCCAAAGUUGAACCGGUCAUUGAGAAUGGGAAUACUUAUCCAGAGACAAAAACUAUUUCCUCUGAAAAUGGAAGUCAAGUUGGAACACAGGAUAAAGAUGUUGUUGUGGAAGGCUUUGCUUCAGUUGGAGUCUAUGAUCAAUGGAUUGCGCCUCCAGUAUCUGGUCAACGACCAAAAGCCCGAUAUGAGCAUGGAGCCGCAGCCGUGCAAGAUAAAUUGUACAUAUACGGUGGAAAUCACAAUGGCCGUUACCUUAGUGAUAUUCAUGUUUUGGAUUUGAGAAGAUGGACUUGGUCAAAGAUCGAGGCUAAGACUGGAGAUGAACCCUCUACAAUUUUGGACCCUUGUGCUGGCCAUUCUUUGAUUGCAUGGGGAAAUAAGCUCCUGUCAAUUGCUGGCCACACAAAAGAUCCCUCCGAAAGUAUCCAAGUAAAAGAGUUUGAUCUGCAAAGGGCAACAUGGUCAACUCUGAAGACCUAUGGGAAAGCUCCGAUAUCACGCGGAGGUCAAUCAGUGUCCCUUGUUGGGAAUACUUUAGUAAUUUUUGGUGGGCAAGAUGCAAAAAGGGCUCUCUUGAAUGACCUGCAUAUUCUGGACUUGGAAACCAUGACAUGGGACGAAAUUGAUGCUGUUGGAGUGCCUCCUUUCCCAAGAUCUGAUCAUGCUGCUGCUGUACAUGUGGAGCGAUACUUACUCAUCUUCGGAGGGGGUUCACAUGCAACUUGCUACAAUGAUUUACAUGUUCUCGAUUUGCAAACUAUGGAAUGGUCUCGCCCCACACAACAAGGUGAGAUACCAACUCCACGUGCAGGACAUGCUGGUGUGACAGUAGGAGAGAACUGGUUCAUUGUUGGUGGUGGUGACAACAAGAGCGGGGCUUCGGAGACGGUUGUACUGAAUAUGUCUACACUGGCUUGGUCAGGAGUAACAUCUGUUCAAGGGCGUGUUCCUGUUGCUAGUGAGGGCUUGAGUUUGGUUGUAAGCUCGUAUGAUGGCGAAGAUGUACUUGUAUCUUUUGGAGGAUACAAUGGACGUUACAACAAUGACGUAUAUGUUCUUAAACCAAGCCACAAAUCCACCUUGCAAUCCAAAAUAAAUGAAAAUUCCAUACCAGACAGUGUUUCUGCUGUCCCAAAUGCUACCCGAGAUUCAGAGCCUGAAUCUGGAGCAGGACAAGAAGGGAAAAUUUGGGAAAUUGCCGUGGACAACGCUUAUCCAACAAAAUCCAAAGGUGAUCUCCUAUCAGUACUAAAGGCUGAGAGAGAUGAAUUAGAAUCUUCCCUUGGUAAGGAGAGGCUGCAUACUCUUCAACUAAAGCAAGAGCUGGCUGAUGCCGAAUCUAGUAACUCUGACCUUUACAAGGAGCUCCAAUCAGUACGUGGUCAACUUGCUGCUGAGCAGUCAAGGUGUUUCAAACUUGAGGUCGAGGUUGCUGAAUUAGGUCAGAAGCUCCAAAAUUUUGGGACAUUACAGAAGGAGCUUGAACUCCUCCAGCGGCAAAAGGCUGCAUCAGAGCAAGCUGCUAUAAGUGCAAGACAGAGGCAGAGUUCAGGUGGCGUGUGGGGUUGGCUUGCCGGUUCUCCCCCUGGUCCAGAUGCAGAUGAUGAAUGA